AUGGAUUAUUGUUUAUCAAAAUAUAAAUUGAAAGAGGAUAUGAGACUUCGGACACCCUGUGCAAUACAUGAAAAUUUAUGUAUGAGUGUUAUAAAAUUUGUAAAUAAUAGAAUUGUUGACAUUGAAAGAGAUUGUGUUAAUAGUUGUACUCAACAAUGUUUUGAAACUGGAUAUGGAAUUACAGUUAAAAGGUGUAUAAGAUGUUGCAAUACAAGCCUUUGCAAUGAUUUUUCUAUUGAUGAAAUGGAUAUUAUCAAAAUAAAUCUUUUCAAAGUGAAUAAUAGAAAUUUUAAUUUCAAAAAAUUUGAAAUGAAUAAAAUAAUUAUUAUAUUUUUUAUUUUUAUCUCAUAUUUUUUCAAUCUUAUAUCACUGGAAGUUUUUUCUUUAUUAUAA